AUAUGCCUCAUAUGUUAGCCUGAUUUCUUUGAAGCACGAACAAUGCGGUUUCUUCAAUAUAGCUUGUGUGUCUGUUUAUUCUUCUAUUUGCCUAUAUCCGUCAAGGCUGGCGAACGUGUAGAAACCCACCGACAAUGUCAGCUGAUCCAAAAACAAAACUUGAAGAUGAACUUAUUCAUAAACUUCAAACAGAAGAAAAAGUAAAUGAUGCUCUUGUAGGCAAACACAUGCUCUGCAUGUUUACUAAGAUGCAUAUUAUGAACGAAAAUGGAGAUAUAGAUGCGGAUGUACUAAGAACAAAAGCUCAGAGAGUUUUGACAGAUCAGGACAAACUUGAUGCGUUGAUCAAAAGAUGUAGUGUGAAAGAGCCAGGAAGUGCCGAAGAUGCUGCCAUACAAUUACUGAAGUGUAUUGAAAAAGACGUCCCAAUCAUGAAACAUCAAUCCACGUAAUUAAGACAUUAGAAAAUUGAAUUACAAAUAAAUACAGAUAAAUAUUAAGACAUUAAAUUGUAAAGGAUAAAAAUAAAUAAACAGUUGAUGACUUGAAGUUAUCGCU